AUGGUUCUACCUAAGUUUCAAGGUAUUGACCGUUAUUUAUCUCAAUUAAAGUUCCUCAUAGAAUGUGAUUAUUAUUUUCAGCUUCAUAUACUUUUGGAGCCACUUCUGUGGAAGAAGAAUAACCUCGCGAAGGUGUCUGACCCACCCGAAAGUGUUGGUGCUUUCCUCCAGCGUCAUUUUGGUAAAGAGGUUGUUGACUACCUUGUUGAUCCUUUUGUUGCUGGAACAAGUGGUGGAGAUCCUGAAUCUCUUUCUAUGCGACAUGCAUUUCCAGAGUUGUGGAAUCUUGAGAAAAGGUAUAUCGUACCUCAAAGCUUUUUUUUUGUUUUUUGGUAAUAUUUUUCUUUAGCAUUUUGAAUCUACACUAGAUGGUCCCUAUGAAAUAAAUAGUUUGGAUAAAAACGUUUCAGCUUGCUAGACAAAGGUAGGAUGUGUUUGGAUUUAAUUUCACAAAACAGUUAUCCAAUUCAAAUAAGCAAGUUAAUAUAUUUUGACACUUGCUUAUUUUCAAAUGUAAAAGCAGAGAAUGUUGGCAGCUAAUACACACACACACACAC